GGCAAAAACCCCACCUCUGGACUUUGGCCACCUCUCUCCUCCCCCAAUUCCACCACUAGCCCUCGUGUCCCCGGCGCGGCGGCGGCGGCGGCGAUGCCUGACCAGCGGCCAAAGCGGCCGUCCGACUCGGUCGCCGCCGCCUCGCCGGCGGCGAAGCGCGCCCGCGACCCGUCCGCGCCGGCGUUCCCCACCUACAGGGACGCCCCCGACCUGCCCCCGAAGAUCCGUCUCCUAUGCGAGAUCCUGGCGUCCUCGGCACCCGACGUCGACGCGGCGCUCGACGACGCCGACGUCCGCGUCACCUCCUCCGACGUCGAGCAGGUGCUCCGGUUCUCCUACGCCCACCCGCGCGCCGCCGUCGCCUUCUUCCGAUGGGCGGGGCACCGGCACCUCCGCCACCAGCACUCCCCCUACUCGUGGAACCUCGUCGUCGACCUCCUCGGCAAGAACCGCCUGUUCGAGCCCAUGUGGGACACCGUCUCCUCCAUGCGGACCCAGGGCCUGCUCUCCCUGGCCACCUUCGCCUCCGUGUUCUCCUCCCUGGCGGCCAACCCGGCCAGCUCCCCACUCAGGGCGUUCGUGGAGCUGCCGAUGUACGGCAUGGACCGCGACACGCCGGCGCUCAACUCCCUCCUCUCCGCGCUCUGCCGCGCCUCCCGCCUGGACGACGCCCGCGCCGCGAUCCCCGUGGCGCGCGCCGAGGCCGGCACCCGCCCCGACGCCGACUCCUACGCCAUCCUUCUGGAGGGCUGCGAGGCUGCCGGCGACCCUCACGUUGCACGCGAGGUGUUCGACGAGAUGCGGCACGUCAUCGGAUUCGAUCCUGCCAAUGUUCCUGCCUAUGAUUCUUUCCUCACUACACUGAUUUCAAGUGGUUCCUCCACAGCGUUAAUGGAUGCGAUGGACUAUCUUGCUAUCUUGCACCGGCAGAGGUGCUCACCUGGGGAGAAGUUCUUCCGCGCCGCACUGGCCGCACACCUCAAGGCGCGUGAAUUGCGCGGCGCGGUGGUGCUCUGGAACGACUUUGUCGUAAGGCGGGGACUCAUCCCAGAUAAGGAAAUGUAUAGCACAAUGAUCAUGCUGCAGGGCACUCUUGGGCAUCCUGAGGUGAUUGUUGAGUACCUUGAUGAGAUGACCUUUGAUGGAGUGUUUCCAGAUGCGGACACAUACAAUAUGGUUUUCCAGUUCUUGCUGAAGGGGAGGAAACUCCGGGAGGCGUCGGCAAUAUUUAGUGAGAUGGUCAAGAACGAGUUCUGGCCCAAUGAGGCAAAUUGUUCGCUCGCGCUUCGUAUGUUCUUGGAUACACGAGACUGGGAUUCAGGGAUCAAGUUGUGGAAAUGCAUGGUGGAGAAUGGGCUUCCACCAUUGGAGGAGAGUGGGAACAUGCUCGUAUCAAAGCUAAAGGAUGAGAGGUUACCCGAGGCAUGUAAAUAUGCAGAAGACAUGAUUGAUCGAUGUAUCAAGUUGAGCUCUUCCACAAUGUCAAAGCUGAAGCAAUGUCUGAUGAAGGUUUAUAAAGGACAUAUCCACGAUCACCUACUUAGAAAAUGGAAGGCGCACUAGGUAUUUUUACCUCUUCUUUGUGGUUAAAUAUAACAGGGGAAGAAAAGCUAACAUUUUGCCCCCAAGUAGCUGAGUAGCGGUUGAUGGUGAUUUUCUGGUUGCAACUGCAACUAUAGGAACAUUAUGCGCAUAGCAUCAGUAAAAGUUGCAAAGCAUUGGCUCAAAGCUAGGUGUACAAUGUAGUGACAUAUUUGGUAAGGUAGUUUGGUAAAUUAAACUUGACUCUCCUAAUGUUUUUCUUUUGCAUGCGUUUCUUGCGUAGAAAUUCCAGUGUUUUCUUUGAGUUUUGUUCUCCCUUUCGACAUGAUGUGGCGUUGGGAAAUGAACAUGACAUCCUGGUGACAAGGAUUUUCUU